GUCAGGCGGCGGGAUGAGAGCCUUUCGAGUAUAAAAGCAUCCAGUCCGGUUCUGCGCUCACAUUCUCAGGAUGAAGAUGCUGACGAACCGUAACAGAAUAGAUUGAUAUUUUUCUUUUUUAACAUUUCCCCUUUAUUAUAUUCAAAGAUAUACAUUUUUGCUUCAAGUUUCCAUUUGAAUCACCGAUAUGUGAGAAGAGAACGCGGUGCGCACUUUGGACUUUGAGCACCAAACGCAGGAGGAGGAAGAUGGGGAGUUUUGUCUCCAUAUUUGUGCACCCUCAGUGCGGAGGAUAGUUUGGCACAUGAGGAAAAGCUAGGGACCUUUAUCUCUACAAAAAGAAAAAGAAAAAAAAGUGCGCCUUUAUUUCUCUGCACAAGCAUGCAGAGCAACAUCAGCUCCCCCGGACCCCCCACUGGACUGAGCGCGUGCGGAGGGCAGGAGGAGGAAAUAUCCGAGCUGGUCAGCCCUACGGGAGUAGGGUCCAACCUCCCAGUUUUCAAUCUCUCACUCAACUGCUGGCUUCACAUCCUCUCCAAGGAGUCCUCCCUGGAUCAGCAUGGAGACAGCGCAAACCUGCCAGUGCGAGUCCUCAUUGCCAUGGUCUACCUGGUGGUGUGCGUCCUGGGGCUGGUGGGGAACCUCUUGGCUCUCUUUCUUCUCCACUCCCGCCGCCGGGGCCACCACCACUCCGCCAUCGACUGCUUCGUGAUGAGUCUGACCAUCACUGACCUCCAGUUCGUCCUGACCUUACCAUUCUGGGCUGUGGACACAGUGCUGGACUUCCGCUGGCCGUUUGGUCGGGUCAUGUGUAAGAUUGUGAGCUCUGUCACCACCAUGAACAUGUAUGCCAGUGUUUUCUUCCUCACGGCAAUGAGUGUGACCCGGUAUCACUCCCUGGUUACUUCCCUGAAGAUGAGCAGCCCAAGGAUCGCCAUGACUCGGGCCAAGUGGGUCAGUUCGGCCAUUUGGGUGGUGUCUCUUGUGGCAACGCUGCCCCACGCUUUCUACUCCACCACCGUUCAGGUGUCGGCAGAUGAUGAGCUCUGCUUAGUUCGGUUUUCUGACUCCGACUCAGGUCACUGGGAUCCCCAGGUCUUGCUUGGGCUCUACCAAACACAGAAGGUCCUUUUAGGAUUUGUAGUUCCCCUGAUCAUCAUUUCUGUCUGCUAUCUCCUUCUACUGAGGUUCAUCUUGAGUCGACGUGUUGUGGGCAGCACGGUUGGCAGCGCUGGCAGCACUGAGAAAUCAGAGCACGAAAGAGGACGGCACCGCAACCGCUCCAAAGUUACUCGUUCCGUCACCAUCGUAGUCUUGUCCUUUUUUAUCUGUUGGCUGCCGAACCAGGCUCUCACCCUGUGGGGGGUACUCAUUAAGUUUGACUUGGUGCCCUUCAGUAAAGCCUUCUACAACGCCCAAGCCUAUGCCUUUCCCCUGACUGUGUGUCUCGCUCACGCCAACAGCUGUCUCAACCCAGUGCUCUACUGCCUGAUCCGAAGGGAGUACAGGGCUGGACUGAAGGAGCUCCUCCUGAGAGUUUCUCAUAAUGUCCGAAACAUUCUUUCUCUGGCUCUGAGAGGAAGACGAGUGGAGGAAGCACCCACCAGCACCAUUGUCAUACAUAAGGACAUCAAUAUGUAAUUUCUGCUGUCACUGAAAAUUUUGGAAAAGCUUAGCUAAGUUUAGCUUUUAUAUAAAGAAGAUACGUAAGCGCAAACCACCUUUCAAGGUUGACAAAGUGUAUUUGGUUACCAUGGGAAACAAGCAGGCCUCGUUGUUUACCUUGUUGUCAUUUCAACCUCCUGUCUGGUUGUUUGUGUUUGACAUAUCUAAUUGAUCUCAUGGCAUUUUCUGAAACAAUGACUAGUUUACAUAAGGUGCAUAGUUAUAUUUAUUUGCCAUUGCAUUGCUAAGAGUUUAUUUUUUUAUUCCAUAUAUUUCAGAUAAAAAGUAAGCAAUGGCCACAAUGACAUCUAAUCUAAAUUAGGAGAAAUCCUCCGCGGAGAAAUAUUAAAGGCUAAUUGUGAUCACCAACAGAUUUACCAUAAUAAAUAUACAGACCUUUUUUUUCACAAGUGGAUGAUGCUAAUAACAUAUUUUGCCUGCAUAAAAACAUAUUGCUGCUACCGAAACUGAGAGAGGUGUGAAAAUUGCAAUUAAUCAUCACAGUUGACACCUUUUUUUUGUCUUUGAGGAAGCUGUAUUGGAUUUUCAGAUCAGUACAGAUGUUUUUCAAAGUUUAGAGUUAGAAUAUAAAAAUUCAGGUGUGUUAAGGUUAAUACUAAUCCAUAAAGAAACUGUAGGAUUGUAGGUUUUCAAGCAUGGACACUGACUUUGGCUGUGUAGGCUCUCGAAGGGGAAUCAUAAAGAUAUAUUUUUACUGAAAUCCUUCCUAAUUAUAUCUAAUUUAAUGACAAUCCAAGUAGCAUUUCUAUGGGAGACAUUUUUAAUGGUUAAGAUACUUUAGCUCCAAAGCCUUUUGAGAGGCAAAUUUAAAACCGUAUCAUCUAAAUGAUUUAUAGCAGAGUAAUAGAACUUGAGAUGACAUUUAAUUAGUAUAACUUUAGUUGAAUUAGUAAUGUUAAUGUGUCCUGCCAUUUCACUUGCUGCAAUAUAUAUGCCUUUUCAUAUUGCAGCAGAUGUCUUAUCGUUUCAGCUAGAAAGCUGCAACAUACUGUUAGCUAGCUGUUACUACAAUGAUGUGAAAUUGCAUGAACUCCCUUCUUGCCUAAUAAAUUCAAAACUCCAUGAGGUAUUCUUAGUCAAAUUUGAAAUGACAUAUUUACAUAAAACCCCUGUAUAGCUACAAUGUUAUGCUAAUAUUAACAUGUUUACUCUCUUUUUAAAUGCAGCUUGUCAGUGGAUGAGUACAUAAUUCAGUGCAGUUACUGUCAAUUAGGGGGUUGACGAAGCUAAGCGAAAUCUUUUUUAUUGUUAAAAAGAUAUAUAUGUUUAUCUUUCAACAUAAAAAAAUAUCAAUCAGGGUUUUAGCUCCUUGCAGAUCUUAGGCAAGGCAAGGCAAGUCAAGGCAAGGCAAGGCAAAUUUAUUUGUAUAGCACAAUUCAGUUCAAAGACAAUGAAAAGUACUUUACAUAAAAUGCAGGAAAAUAAAACAGAAUCAAAGCAAGUAGGAAAAAUAAAUUAAUUAAAAAAAAAUGCAGAAACAAAAAAGAACAUUAAAAACAGUUGGACUUUAAAGGAACUCAGGCUU